AUGCUUGCCAAGAAGAGGGCCGAGAGGCAACAUGCCAUUACAGCUACCGCUGGUGGGGAACGUAAGAAGGAACUGCAGAAACUGAAGCGCCGUCGCGAAGAGUCGAAUGAAGAGGCGAAAAGGGAUGGUCGGAGCAGUGAAAGGAAGCAUCGACUGUCGGGCAGUGAAAGAUUAUCAGAAGAUCCGAUGCUCCUCUCAGCUGAAGACCCCACCUCGGUAUUGCGCGCGAUUGGUGACCAUGUGAACACCCGGUUGAAAGAACUAGACUUUGAUGAUGAUAUCGACGCUGAUCUCUUUGAUGAAAGGCAACGGCAGCUGCGCGAGGAGGCAGAACUUGCGGCCGGGACGAGGAGUCGUCUGUUGGCCUCCCAUAUCGCUGAAUUUCUUCACAAGCAACAAAAAAAAGGGACGAUCGAAUCUGAGAAAGUUGAAAGCCCAUCGGCAACGGACGUCAGUGCUGUGUUUGUAGCUCACAACAGCAACGCCGUUACGGCAGUAUGCAGUCUGGGCAACGAGAUUGUGUUUCUCGGUGACAAAACGGGGGCUGUGUAUUUUGUUGAGCUGAGAGAUAAUGCGGGUAGCACAAGAAAGGAACUACUGUCCCCUUGCCUCUCCGCUGCAGUACUUUCAAUUGCGGUAUCGGACACUCGCGGUGUGCGGCCUUCUCAGCGCACUCUUUUUGAGCGAACUACUGCUGACGUUAGUGUUACAUCAUAUGUGGCAGUAGGAGCGGCGGACGGUACCAUUGGCAUCUGGGUUACGGAUACCAGACGCCACUUGGGAACUCUGACAAUGCAUCGCUCCGCAGUAACUGGUCUCGCAUUUCGUAACGAUACACUUUACAGCGGGGGCUACGAUGAGGCACUGCGGGUGUGGGCAUUACCGCAGAUGUCGUGCGAGGACAAGCUUUUUGGCCACACAGGUCGCGUGUUCGGUCUUCACUGUCUACGACGUGAGCGCUGCGCCACUGUUGGUGAUGACGGUACGAUGCGCUUCUGGAAAGUGGACGCUGCCACACAGCAGGAGUUCACUGCGAGUGCUCACUUCGGCGGAAAAGUGGUGCUUGAGUGCGUCGUGAUGAUGAAUGACUUUAUAGUCCUUUGCGGUGCUGCAAAUGGAGCCCUCCUUGUUUUUGAUGUGGGGAAGCGGAAGCCUGUGGCGGUGCGGGAGGGGGCCCACGGCUACGGUUUUGUCGGCGACGGGACUGGUCUUGAGAGCGAAGCAAUUGCCAUGCGACAGAAGUUAGACGGAAGUGUGGUCUCAGAGACGAGAAUCCCCAACCCGAUCACAGCUGUUGCUGCCAUUCCAUAUUCGGAUACGGCGGCGAGCGCUAGCUAUGACGGUGUUGUGCGUCUCUGGCGUGUUGGCGCCGCAUCUGAAAGCAGUGGAAAAACAGGCACAGGGAGCGGUGUACCUGCUACACCAGUUGUGCAACCGAGUUCACUGGACUGCCUUGCCUCCAUCCCUGUCCGGGCUAUCGUCACCUCACUGUAUUUUCCUCCCACCAGUGAUGUGCUAUUAAUCGCCUGCAGUAAGGAGCCGCGGCUCGGUCGAUGGGUUGUGCAGCGGAGCGCAUUGAACUCCGUGUACGUUGUGCCGCUGAACCAGGAAACACGUUUUAAAUUGUCGUCUCGAGGGCGCGUCGAACACCUUCCCACUUUAUUGUACGGCAUUGACAAUGAUGGGGCAUCCGAUGAGGCAGAUAGGAUGGAAGACGCCACAGAGGGUCUUAGUGACGCGGGUGGUAGAGGUGGUUCAUAUCGAUCUCAUGAUGAAGUGGGGAAUGGCGGCGAAGAAGGCGAUGAUGGUACUGAAACAGACAACAGCACUGGUAUGUUUACUGUUGGUGAGGAGGGUCAGAUGAAGUUUAGCAUGCCCAUGAGUAAUGGUGACAGAUAUCACGGUACGAAGAAGAAGUCCAAAAAGAGGACGCCAGGUGCGAAAGGUGAAGUUUGUGCCCCCAAAACUUCUUCCAAACGCUCCAGUACUGAAGCCGCAGAGGAAGAACGGCGAAAAAGAAAGAAAAAAAAGGACAAGAAGAAAGGAGCAGGAGGAGGGAAACACAGCACUGCUGGCGAAGAGGAUAAGUAA